AUGCACCUUCACAAAAUAUCAUCUGGAGAUUUUGUCCGAUUCCAGUUGGUGCCGAUAGGCGUGGAAUGUUGUCCCAGAUGGUUUAAAGCACGAGAUAUACCCCCAGAGACUGAGGUCAAGGCAAGAAGAUAUAUCUAUGAGCCAGUCCCGAUGAAAGACGUUGAACUCGCCGACAUACCAUUGCGACAUCUGCUUAAGCCAGGACCUCAUUUUGAUAAUUUCUGGUUGAGCACUUUUCCCAAAAAGAUCCGAGAUCCACUGGUUCGACUACCUGGACCCGAUGGACAACAUGUUAUUGGAUGGGGUAUUCGUGUAAAUGAGUGUCUAAACUGGACCAUGAUCCUGCUUUCGAUACUCACCAUUCUCUUGGUGACCUGUGCCAGUGUCAUCAUCUACGCAACAAUCACGACGGAUAACUCGUCUGCCUUCGCUUUUGGUGCAUUCAUGGUGGCAAUGUUAACUGUAUAUCUUAACUACCAAUACUUUGCAUGGAGGGAGGCCAUAUAA